UAAUUCAGAUGAACUUAUAGAAUUAUCCUAUGGAAAGUCAUACACUUGGAUUAUAAAAACAAUUCCGAAUGAAUUUUAUAACAAUUACAAUGAUAUUACUGUAAAAGCAAUUAUUGGUGAGGAGUCAACUAGUGAACCAAGUAAUACCGAUGAUGCUAAUAAUCCUUGGAAUCUUGUUUCAACUUACAAAUUUAUUUCAUCUAAUGGCGCUGUUGGAGAAUCAUCACUUAUUGAAGCUCCUGAUGAUAAUACUAAUUUAUUUACGAUGUUUAGUACUUCUAUUUUAGCUGUAUAUUUUAUGCUAACAGGCGAUUCAAGUGCAGUAUCUCCGUGGGGUUUAGUCAAUAAUUGGACUUUAACAUUUUUAUUAGUUAUAUUUUCAUUUUUCACAACGAUCUAUUUAUUGAAUCUGUUUAUUUCCUUACUUGGAAAUGCUAUUAAUCAAACGUAUAAUGAAGAGUCUUUUUUACAAUUAAGAGGAGAGAUACUAGCUGAAAUUGAACUUUUUUGGAUGCUUCCACAUCAAAGAAGAAAGAAAAACUGGUUUCCUGAAAUUUUAUAUUAUGAGGUUCCAGUUCAAGAACUUAAAAAAUAUAUAAAAAAUCUUAAUGAUGAACAAGAAGAUGAAAUUUUACAGGAUUUACUUCCUGGAAUCAAAAAAAUCGCUGGAAUUAAAGAAGAUGAAGAUAAAGACUCAACUAAAGACUCAAUUGAAGACUGGCCCUAUAGCCUCAUCACGAAAGAAUAA